AUGGCUUACCUCGAUCAAAGAGUCUAUAAGAAACAAGAUGUCGCUUGGUUGAUAUGGAUUAUUCAACAAUAUCAACUCAAUAUACCUCAGAAUCAAUCAUUAUGUAAUUAUGGAUCAAUCGUUGUAUUUACAUGUGGUACAUCUAAUGGAGUAUAUGGAAUAACUAGAAUAGAUACAUCAGCAUAUAUUUCAGGGGUAUACCCAACAACUCCCCCUUCUUUGGUAACCUUUUACUUUCCAGUAUUGACCUUUUGUAAAAUAACUGGGCUUGUUCAAACCGUUUCAAAUCCAUCAUUAAACAUUUUAGAUAGAUUAAGAAACUUACCAUCAGUUGUAUCAAUAGAGAUUAAUGAAGGUAGUUGUAAAUCAAUUCCAAAUGAUUUUCCAUUUGGAUUGAGUAAAUUGGAAAUACUGAGAAUUGGAUCACCAAUUGAAUCGGCACCAACCUUUUUCAACAACUCUGCAUCAAUUCGUACAAUGACAUUGGUUGCCAAUGGAUCAUUAAAUAUUGGUGAAACUAUCAAUAUGCCAUCACUCAAUUAUUUUGGAUUGACUUUGAUGGUACAAUCAACCUAUUCAAUGACAAUGACAAAACGAUCAUUCCCUAAAAUGUCCAAUUUAAUUGUUGCUUCUACCACCAAUUCAUUGAUUCGAGUUAGAGUUGAAUCGAUGCCAUAUAUUAAUUUAUUAUCACCAUCAAGUAAUGCACUUUAUGAUUUAACUGUUGUAGAUCCAUCAUCUGUAAUUGGAUUAACCAUUUAUGAAACAAGAUCUACAUUUUCACCUUCUUCAUUGGACGUGUAUCCAAAUAUCGAAAGAAUAGCUAUUGUCAAAUCAAAUCUAUCUCAGUAUCCUUGGACCACAUUCCCACCUAAACUAUUUGGUUUUGAUUUCUCAAGAUCAAAUUUUUCAUCAAUUCCUAAUAUUACAUUACCAUCAACUAUAGAAUCAGUAGUAUUUACACAAUGUGGAAUUAAAGGAGAAAUACCAUGGAAUAUUUUUGAUAAUCUUGGUACAUUUUCACUUAAUUUAAAUCAAAAUCCAUUGUUGACUGGUGUUGUACCAUCGACAAUGUGUAAAAUCAAUUCAUUGCAAAUACUUAAUACUGGAAUCACAGGUGCACCCAAUUGUUUCCUUUGUUAUGAUGGUGAUAGUUUUCAUUUUAGUAAAACUUUCCCAACCCCCGCAGGCUUUAUUUGCAAUAUAACAAUUGAUCAAUAUAGUUUAAGCACAUUUGGAGGGACUGCCAAUAUUACAGGUGAUAGUAUUGGAUUUGGAGGCGUUUCAAAUCAAGUCUAUCGUCUUGAACCUUUGGUUCCAAAUUCAAAUAUUGCAAUAUAUCUUCAAAAUCCAACUGCUUUUUAUUAUGGCAAACAGGUAAACGUUUCACUUUCAUCCAUUAUACCACGAUACACCUAUACCUUUACUUUUACUGAAGUUGGUGUGGUGUGGGCAAACGAAACAAUUUUACAAGCCACCAAUUCAACCUCGUUUACACUCUUCUUCCAUGUCCUAAGUCCCAUGCUAGUUCACAGUGUUACAAUCAAUUCAAAUAUCCCAUGUUUAAACGUCACCCAACUUUCCCAAAAGAUUACUUGUCAAACAAAUUAUUCACUUUCAACUGGGUCUUAUAAUUUAACCAUAUCAAAUGUUUAUGGUUCAAAUCAAAAGACUAUAUUUUAUUCUCAAAGGUAUCCAUCUGUAUCAUCAGUUUCAAUCAGUACCAAUCAAAUUGAUAAAUCAUAUAGAGUUUUAAUUUAUGGUAAUUUUGGAAGUUUAGGGCAAGCCAAUCCAUCGGUAUCAAUCAACUCUACGACACCAUGCAACAUUGAAUCGAUUUCAGAAACUUUAAUUCAAUGUAAUAUUACAUCGAUUGGCAAUCGUUAUGGACCUGCUACAUUGACUAUAUUGGUGGAUGGUGCUUAUUAUACAAAUACCAAUUCACUCUUUUUCACUCCACCUCCCAUAGAACCAUCACCAGACUUUAAAAAACAAUGUGAACAACAAACUCACAAUUGUAAUAGUAAUGGAGUUUGUAAUGAUCUAGGUUCAUGUCAAUGUAAUAUUGGUUUUAAUCAAAAUGAUAAUUGUUUAACAAAGUAUAUUAAUGAUACUAUACCAAUUGAAACAAAUCAAACUUCACCAGUUACUAAAUUUGAUAUUGAAGGAGUACAAUUUAUGUUUGAAAUGUAUUCUAUUCAAGAAUUGGGAGUUGAUGGCGAGACGGUAGUGACUGAACUAUUUACAAAAGAUUGGAUAUCUAGUAUUGAAAAGAAUGGUGAAUUGACAACUGCCAAUUAUACAUUACAGAUUAGUGAUGACAACAUAACAACACCACAACCAAAUGUAACUGCAACUAUAUCAUUCUCUUCAAAACAAAGAGAUUUUACAUUUGGUAAUCAAUCAUUUACAUUGGCACCCAACACUAUCAAAGUGACUGUUGGUAUUGAUAAUUGGGCAUUCCAAAAGUAUUAUUUAAAAACAACCAUCAACAAGAAUGAAAUCGUUGGUCGUGAUUGUCAAUUAGAGACUGUCGAUUCAUUCCUCUACGAUUCACUUGGCAACACUAUUCAAUAUCUAAAGGUAAUUAAAGAUGGUAUUCAAUUUACUGGUAGAUUCAUCGAUUAUGUAUUGUCAGAUGGUAGACAAUCCUAUUCUAAAACUCAAAUUGUCACUAGUAAUAGUAAUAAUAAUAACAGUACUACAGAUGAAUCGAUUGCAUUUAUUGGUAUUAAUAUGCCUCAAUGCCAAUCAUGUGUGAUUGAUCCAGACUUUACACCUUUACUCGUUGACAAUAAGAAUUCACUCAAUGGAUGUGACAGCGAAUCACAAUCAAACACUUGGAAGAUCAUUGUUGGGUCUUGUGUUGGAGGUGCCAUUUUCCUAUCUCUUGUCUGCGCUUUAGCUUAUUAUCUAAAAAAAAGUAAUCAUAUUAAACUCAAAGUCGCUCAAUUAAGUUUAAAAUUAAAAAAAUUAAAAAGAAACAAUUAA